GCUGCACUUGUCCCCCAGCCCCUCGUCGCAGAAGAGCAGCUCACGCAGCCUCAUGGCGCGCUCCACUUUGCAGAGCUCCUUCAAGAAACGCAAGCUGGAGGACAGCGAGAGCCACACCAGUGGGCCCGUGGCUGUUGAGGAGGUCGACCUGGACGGCAAGUUCGUGCGGCUCAAGAACAAGUCCAACGAGGAUCAGGCCCUGGGGAAUUGGCAGAUCAAGCACCAGAACGGAGAAGAUCCCGUCAUCUCCUACUGCUUCCCUCCCAGAUUUACCCUGCAGGCUGGCCAGGUGGUCACGAUCUGGGGCUCGGGGGCCGGUGCAACCCACAGCCCUCCCACGGACUUGGUGUGGAAGACCCAGAACUCAUGGGGCACCGGAGACAGCCUGCGGACUGCCCUGAUCAACUCCAACGGACAGGAGGUGGCCCUGACGAAGCUGGUGUGCACCAGGAUGGUGAACGGGGAGAUUGAAGAUGAUGACGAAGAGGGCAUCCACCACCACCACCACCAGCAUGCCCACUGCAGCGGGGCCCAGAACGCUGGCACCUCGUCCUCAAGCUCAUCCACCCCCCGCAUCAACACCACCCGCAGCUGCCGCACCGUUGCAGGUCCCAGCAUCAGCACUAGUGGCCUGGGUGAAAAUGUAAUGACUGGGGCCUGCAUCGUGGGGAACGCCAGCUCACGCAGGCAGGUUCCUCAAAAGUGCAGCAUCAUGUAACCAGUUGGAGGUAUCCAUCCUGGCCAAAAAAACCUGCCAUAGCAAGCUAUUUUUCCCUUAAAGCAAAUGUACCUUCUGCCCCCUGUCCCCUCCCAUUUUUAAAAGAAACCAAGAAAGGUUGAGAUUUUUUUGUUUUGUUUUCUACCGCAGGAAUUUAUAUAUUUUUAUAAAAUGCAAAACGACGCUUUGAUUUUUUUUUUUUAAAGAAAGAAAAUCUAUUUCUGUAGAGAAAAAGCCCACACACAAACAAGAGCUUAUUCAGCUGCUGCAUUUUUUAAAUACCGAAGCCAAACAAGUUGAUGAACGGUGGUUGCCAAAAAAAAAAUAAAAAGAGAGAAUGAGAAAAAAAGGUAGUUUAAUAGCUCUUUAGAUGUAUAUUUUUUGCCAAAGAUUUUUGUAUGGGAGUUUGAUGUGAAGCCAUUCGAGAUGGGCCCCUCCUACCUCUGUCUUUGGGAGGGGCGAGGCUGUGUUGCUCUUCAAAGCCAUGUGCUAGACCCGAAAGCAAAGCUCAUUUCAAGACUGCGGGAUGAGCUUUAGCAUAGGAAAAUUGUGCUUUGAAAAGGAAAAUCCAGUCCCUGAGGCUCGAUUCUCCUGUGCACUAAGGCUCCUGGCCCCUCCUCUCACAGGAAUCAUCUAUGAGGGUCCCAGGUGGGCCCAGAUCCUCCCAUUUUCCCAUCACUUUCUGCAUGGAGGGGUGCACACAAGAAGCCUGAACGAUGUUCUCAUUGAUUUUCCCAUUGGUUUCAUACCCAGGGCAUUACCUCCCGACCCACCUUGUCCUGUCUACCGCGCUUACUCCCAUUGCUCCCUGCUCUUGCCAUGGGAAAGACCCAUUUUUUUCAUACUGUAUUAUUCAUCUGAGGCAUUAAUUGCUUUUAUAUAUAUGUAUAUGUAUACAUGAAUAAGCAGCCACAUUGUGCCUUAAAAGGGGCGGUGUCGAGCACGAGAGGAAGGAGAGAGCUUGUCUAGAGAGAGACAGAGCUGGGUUGUAGCUUAGGGUCUGCGGUCGAGACCAGACGAGGGCAAUGGGGUGUUAAAAGCGACGCAGAGUUUCUGAACGUGCUUGUUGCUAGUCCAGGGACCAGGGGCCGCCCCAGGCUGAUCUUCAAGGUCUGUAGGUUUAGGGAUUGUGCUAAGGGGUGGUGGGGCCAGGGCUUUGCCUGGGGGAAAAUCUGGCUCUGUGGAGCAGCUUGAUGCCAGCCAUGAUGUAGCCCUGUGAGCUGAAGCCUUUUUGCUGCUUCUGCUCUGCUGUGGGUCCGAUCCUGUCCCUCUCCCCACCCCACACCUAUCCCCUGCCU